AUGAACUCCAUCGUUGCCGCCGUCAUCCUGUCCGUCGUUGUCGUUGGUGCCAUGGCCGACUACCCGGCCCCGGCCAAGUACGAGGCACCCGCCAAGGGUGGAUACCACGCACCCGCCCCCAGCUAUGGCCAUGCUGCCCCCGCUGCCCACCACGGAGGAUACGCUCACCACUCGGCCCCGGUUGUCCACGCUUACGCCGCCAAGGCCCCACAUGUCAAGUGCGGUGCUAACCUGCUGGUCGGCUGCGCUCCCAACGUAGCCCAUGUGCCAUGCGUCCCAGCUCACCACGGUGGACACGGAUACCAUGCUGCCCCCGCUCACCACGCUGCCCCAGCUCACCACGGAUACGCUGCCCCGGCCCACCACGGAUACGCCGCACCUGCCCACCACGGAUACCGCUCCUUCUCCGAGGCCGACCAGGCAUCCGCCUUCGAGCUGGAGGACUAA